GGUGUGCCGACCUGUCGAUGACGUUGCUACAUCACUUCUGUUCACCCUCGAACAACUAAUUCAUUGCACGCAUGGCUCACGCGCGCUCUCCCACAGUCGGCACUUCCUCCAGUCGAGAGAGCGAGAGGAGUCCACAUGCGCACCACUUAAUCCAGGAGGGGGGCUGGAUAUUUAGACAGAUCCUAGCAUCGUUGAGUGCUAGAACAGAGAACAGACGCCGCGCGCAUUUGUAGACUAUGCCACGAAGUCGGACGUUGUUUUGAAGUGGAGUCUGAUCUGGCAGCCUGAAUGCGCUAAUCACCAAGAGAUAUCCGGCGUUAAGAAGCACUGAAAAGAGAUCAUCUGAGCCAUCUCCUCACACUAGAGGGUUUGAAAUGACCAGGGCGCGGUAAAUUCGCCUCAGAAGAAAAGGUGAAAGUUUUCCGGAGAAACAAAAGUGUUCAUAUGGACACGGAGAAUGACACCUGUCACCAUAGACACUCGGUGGAGACGGGCAGUCCCCUCAUCAGCGCGAUCAUGUUCUCCGCCGGAGUCAUCGGCAACGUUCUGGCGCUCGUGCUCCUGGAGGUCCGACGCAAGAAAGAUCAGAGCAGACAGCGGCUCUCCCUGUUCCGUCUGCUGGUGACCACGCUGGUCAUCACGGAUCUCACCGGGACAUGCCUCGUCAGUCCUCUUGUGCUGACAUCCUACUCGAUGAACACGACCAUGAUCGGGAUGACCGGGACGAACGACUCAACUACCGGGAUGGCCGUUUGCGAAUAUUUCGGGUUCACCAUGACUUUCUUCAGUUUGGCAACCCUGUCGAUACUCUUCGCGAUGGCCUUGGAGAGAUGCCUCUCCAUCGGUUACCCUUACCUAUAUAAACGGUACAUCAGCAAGCGCUGUGGAUAUUUCACCGUGCCUGUAAUAUAUGUACUGUGCUUUAUUUUUUGCCUUAUGCCAUUUGCGGGCUUUGGAAAAUAUGUUCAGUACUGCCCCGGGACUUGGUGCUUCAUAGAUAUGAAUCCAAAGGGACCGGAGGACAGGGUUUACGCCGAGGUUUACGCAACUGUCAUGCUCGUCAUAGUCGUGUCUAUAGUAGCUUGUAAUGGUUUUGUUGUCUAUCAUCUGGUUCUGAUGUACCGGAGGCGUAGCAAAAUGAACGGUGGCUCCAUAACCACGCGGAGCAGGAAGGACCGCAGGUACUUCUCCAUGGCUGAGGAGUUCGAACACCUCAUUCUGCUCGUGUUCAUGACGGUGAUAUUCGUAAUUUGCUCACUUCCGUUAAUGAUCCGUGUGUACAUCAACUCCAUCGGUCAGCGCGUGGAGAGUCACAAGACAGACCUGGUAGCCUUGCGUUUCCUGUCCAUCAACUCCAUCAUCGACCCCUGGGUGUUCAUCAUCCUCAGCCCCUCCGUCAUGCGCUUCCUCUGGGGAGCCAUGUGCAAGAGCUCCCUCAUGCGCUCCAGGGACUCUCUCUACCGGAGCUCGCUGGCCAGGAACUCGCUGGGCUCCAAAGACCCCCAGGCCCAGCUGGAGCUGUGUCAGGCCUCAAGCAUCACAGAGAUCACACACACACACCUGCACAAGUCUGCUCAGAUGGUGUGACCACAAGGACACGGGUGGAACGGGUGGCGUGAUUUGGGCAAAGUCGUGUGUGGAGUCUGUAACUACUCCCGAUGCGUAGCUUAGAGGAUCGUGAGUGAUUCUCAAAAGAGAGUUGAAAAGGGGAAAAGCUGAGAAGAGAUGUUUGUAAAUAAGCUGCAAAUGAGACUUAAAUGACUUUCAGGGAAGUGAGGCAAAGCAGCCGCUUUUUCUGCCCUGGCAUAAGGGACCAAUCAGAAGCCUCUGUGGGACUCUUUUCAACGUCUGAGCCACGCCCCUUCCUCCUCUCACAUUGACCACAGAAUGCUGCUUUUUUGGAGGAGGGGGUGGAGGAAGCUGGCUUUGGAGGAGGGGGUGGAGGAAGCUGGCUUGUUUAUUUGUCUGUGUUCUAAGACGGGCUUGAGACUCUUGAGAUUUACCAGUGGAGUCCUCUGCUGGCCUGUGCUGAUGUUUUAACUCAGGGUGACCAAGGCCAGGGAGCAGGCACACACGGCAGAGCUGCUGCUGGACACACACACACACACACACACACACACACACACACACAUGCAAUAACACACGCACAUACAAACAUAUAAUAGCACACACACACACACACACACACACACACACACACAAGAUCACACUCAUACAAUAACACACGCACAUACAAACAUAUUAUAGCACACACACACACGCAUGUGAUAACACGAUCAUUCAAACAUAUAAUAACACACACACACACACACACACACACACACACACACACACAAUACCACACACACACAGAGAGAGAGAAAGCACACACAGCACAGCAGUACUGUCGCUGGUUUUAGAGGGGGGUGACUUCCUGGCCCCCGAAAGGGCUUGCAGAGUUCGCAGCAGGACUGGGGGAGUCUUAGGCCACACACACACUCUGGCUACGUCUACACGAAACCAACGGGUGCAUUUUUUCCUACCACUUUCACACCUUUAACGAUAGUGGUAAAGAAAAGACUUAAGGCUUAAGGUUAAGACUUGCGUGCACAAAAGGUUAAGACUUGCGUGCACAAAAGGUAAAAGUGGCUAAGUGUAUUGUAGUGCAUAAGCAGGUGUAGAAGACAAAACAUUGUUUUUGUUAAAGCAUUAGUCAUAAGUUGUAGUAAGCUAAUGUUUAACUAAGUUAAGCUAACAGUGUGCUUCUAACUUUGCCACAAAAGGCUGAUAUCUUGUGCACAUAAAUUAUGACAGGGAAAAGAAAAAACAUUUGAAUAUGUUUUUAAUGGUUCGGUUUGUUCUGACAAGCAGCAUGUGAAGUCGAGUGCGGUGGCUGAGUUGAGGGGUGGGGCUAUGUCGUCAUAAAAUUGCCAGCUUUGCUGUCUACACGGCAAAAGUUAUCCGGCGGUUUAAAAAAAAUCCCACUUCGGAACCCAGUUUAAAAAAAUAUCGGUUACAGCCUCCUAAAAUGCCGGGGUCGUGUAGACGCAAGGCCUAACCGAUCAAAUAAAUUCAACACUUUCAAAAAACAGCGUCGUGUAGAUGGGCCCUUAAAAAUGCCCCCCCCCCCCAGUGGAAUGAUUGAUGUCAUCGGACGUUGGUGCAUGUGUGCUGUGCUGUGCUGUGCGAGCGGAAAGUCCCAUGUAGGUUUAGAGUUGUUUGGAGAAUAGAGAGAAGUUUGUUCAUCCCUAUUCAGUGACCUCUAGGGGCAGCCGAUAAAAAAGAACGCAGCUGUGACAUCAAACAGUGUUCUUGCACAGGCACAACGUCUGGAGAUCAGACAGACCUGACCAAAUGUUUCCCCACCAAAAAAGCCUUUCACCCUCAUAGCCUGAGUCUUAACGUAAACAGGUCGAAGGGUCAACACACUGGCUCUCCGCAGUUGAGUUUUGACUUUAGUUACUUUACUUGAGGAGGUGCGUUGCGCAAUGUCUAUUAUUUUCACUAGGGGCAGACCCAAAAUUCCAGGGGGGUCUGACAAGACAGGGGGUCUGACAAGACACUUUUUAGUAUUACCAGUUUUAUGGAUGUAGCUUACGUAAGUGUCAUUCAAAGUGUGUGUUUGACUUUGCUAAAUGGGGUCAAAGAGAAAGCUCUGAUUUAUUUAAAGUGCUCAUUUCACUGCAUUGGUGGUUUAAAUGAAUGUAUGUGUGUGUAUGUUUGUGUGUAUGUGUUCAUGUGUGUGUUUGAGAAAGAGAGAAUAUGUGUGUAUGUGAGAGAGAGAAGAGAGAGAGAGAGGAUUAAUAAUGUGUCUAUAAGUGUUUUAGUAACCAUAAUUCAGUAAGGCAAAGUUUGUUAUGGUUGUUAUUGAUGGUAAAUGAGUUAUUCCCUCUUGUCGGGAGACGUUAAGUGCACUGGGCUCUGUCAAGUUUGUCAAUGCUAUGGUAUAUCUGCGUGCCAUGUAAGAGGACAUUGUUUGUGAAUCCCUGUAAAUUUCUGUUUUAUUCAAUAGUGUUUGUUGUUUAAAACCUUGGGUCUGAUCUGCAUGUGAAAGUAAUUUCCCUCUGUAAUUAAAAACAACAUGUUAAACCUC